GGGCUGGCCCAAGGCCAUGGCCAGAUGGCAGCAGAUGCAAACUCAGAAUACUCCUGUGUGUCUGCAGACAGUGUCAUUCCCCAUGAAUUCAAGACCACCCAGGAGGAUGCAGCCCAUCCUAAGUCCUCUGCCGUGGUCCCUCCUGGUGGUGAAGCUGCAGAACAAGAAUCCUCUGCCUCACACUACUACUCAUGUUUCUCCUCCUUGUCUCAAAUCAUUCGGGCUAAUGAGGAUGAAUUCAAGACGACCCAAGAGGAUGCAGCCCAUCCUAAGUCCUCUGCCGUGGUCCCUCCUGGUGGUGAGGCUGCAGAACAACAAUCCUCUGCCUCACAGUACUUCUCCUGUUUCUCGUCCUUACCUGAGAUCAUUCGUGCUAAUGAGGAUGCCAUACUUUCUACAGGAAUUCAAUACCUGCAGCUUUCCCAUCCCUCUGUGGAAUACUUCAUCAUCUGAGUGUUCAAGUUUGCUGAUCUCUGUACUCCUGGAAAACAGCAAUGAUUAAGAAAUCCCCCUACCUUUUUGCAUUCUGGGAAACAGCUUGAUGCAAAGAACCACCCUUCUCUGCAUGAUUGUUGCUUGUUCACCCAAAGUGAUAUCUGAAGAGUGGCUAAAGCCAGAAGAGGGCUGCAGAUACACACUGGAGACCUCUCUUCAUGGAGGUGGGAGGUGACAACCGGCAGCUUGAAGUAAUGAAGUCAAAGAAUUUUCAGAAGAGUUCGGAAAAAGAGAAUAGACUUGGGGUUAGAACCUUCAGGCAUAUUAGAUAUUCGAGGAAAAUCAAGAAAUCCUAGUACUGGUGACGUUCAGACAACACAAGCAUUGGCACACCAACCCCUUCUUCAUAGUGGAAAAUACGUGUACAACUUGACUUCCCCAAAACUUACCUACGAGUUGCCCACUGUUGACAAGAAGCCCUACCAAUAACAUGAACAGUUGGUUAACACAGAUUUUGUAUGUUAGAUGUAUUCUCUAUUCUUAUAGUAAAGUGAGGUAGAGAAAAGUAAAUGUUAUUAAAGUUAUAAGGAAGAGAAAAUACAUUUACAUACUGUACUCUUUUAAUAAAAAAAAUCUGUGUGAAAGUA